GGAUGGUGAACAUCGGAUAGGCGGCAGGAAAUGUAUUAACGUCGUCGUCGAUAUAUGCAGUCAGUUAGUUAGUUGUGUAUCGGCGUCUUACCAUUAAACAUGUGAUGUUAAUACUCGCUGUGGUCUAAACGAUUUCUAGCACCGGCAUCUCUUCUAUUAGGACUACGAGUCUGUUAUUAACAUUCGACAAGAUCCAAUCAAAUGGAUUUGGAUUAAAAAGUAUUGAAUUAUUAAGCCAUAUUGUUUUCAUACGGAGGGUAACCGCAUCGACCACAAAACGUAUUUAAAUUUACUUAUAUGGCAGCCAUCUGAUGGCAUUGAGAGUUGAUUAUGGUCUUGGUUACACAGAUGAAGUAUGAAGAGUCGCCAUCUUGUACUCAGGCUAGAAACAAAGUCGAUGUCAUUCUUAGGAUGAACGAAUUGCCCAGCAGACACACGAACGCUGUUUCCCUUAUAGCAGAAUUAGGUUCUGAGAGCAGUGCUCAUGGAUUAGCCCGGAUUGUGUCUUCCAAGGGAACCAAACGACGCCUUAUUUGGACCUUGCUUGUGAUCAUCGGUCUUGCCGCUGCUACGGUUCAAUUCUCCAUGCUGGUCAAAAAAUAUCUACAAUUCCAAGUUGUGGAGGUGUCCGAGGUGAAAGAUAGUAUGCCAGUCGAGUUUCCUGCGAUAACAGUUUGUAAUAUUGAACCGAUUUCCUUAAGAAAAGUGAGAAAGUUAUUAUCUUUACCGGACGCAGCUUUAAAAAAGUGGUUGGAAUUUGUGUAUAAGUUUAAAUUCGGAAAACAAUCGGCUCACCUUUCGUCGAUACGAGCCUUUUACGAAAAUUUGGGAGAUGAAGCCGAAUAUGUGAGACACGAACUGAAAGAUUUCAUGCUUCAUUGCCGAUUUAACAAAGAAACGUGUGGGGGUUCGAAUUUCACGACGUCAUUUGACGGGAAUUACUACAGUUGUUUUACGUUUAACCGAGGGAAUUCCGACAAAAUAUUGAUGCACUCCACGGGUCCUGAAAAUGGCCUCUCGUUAAUCAUCGCUGUGGACAAUGACAAUCCGCCAUUGGGAACAUACGGUGUGUACAACAUACAUUCUAAUAUUUUACACAGUGCUGGUGUGAGGGUAGUAGUGCAUGCCCCCAACACCAUGCCCAGUCCCGUCAAUCACGGGUUUGACGUUCCGCCCGGUUAUUCGUCUUCCAUUGGCCUUAAGGCCGUGCUUCACACCCGUCUGUCCGAACCUUAUGGCAAUUGUUCAAACUCCAUUUUGGAAGGUUCUGAAAAUUACAACAAUACCUUUUUUACGUGUCUUCAGCUGUGUAAACAAAGAAAAAUUAUUGAAAAAUGCGGAUGCAAAUCGUCUGAUCUACCGGAACUACCCUCGUCCCACUCCGUGCCAUUUUGUGGUUACAUUAAAAACUGGCGGGAAAUGGUGGCUCAUCCGGAUAACUAUCCACCGAAUGUUUAUUUGCCAAAACUUAUUUGUGAAGAACACGUCAGUCACGAAAUGACCACGGAUAGAAGUUACGAAGUUUCUUGUAAAUGUGUCCAGCCUUGUCACGAAACGACUUUUCAGAAAUCCGUUUCGCUGUCGUAUUGGCCUUUAGAAUUUUAUCAACUGAAUAUUCUUCAGUUAUUGUAUAAUGGCACAAUCGCCCAAAGCCAACUCGACGAAGCCUAUACGUACCUGUCGAACAUUACCGACGAAGAAUCCCAAAAGGAGGAUAGUACGAUGGACAAAGGCUAUUCCUCGAAGGAGAAAGAACAAGCCGAGCGGGCUUCCAAAUUAAUCCGGCAAAAUCUGUUGCGUGUGAACAUUUAUUUAGAAGACUUGAGCGUGGUAGAAUUCCGCCAAAUGCCGGCAUACGAUAUGGCGGAUUUGUUUGCGGAUAUUGGGGGUACAAUGGGAUUAUGGAUGGGGAUAUCAGUGUUGACUAUUAUGGAACUUGUUGAGUUAAUUAUACGUUUAAUUAUGUUGCUAUUUUAUACCGAAACUCGCCAAAUGCCCGAAAAAACAACUUUACCAAAUGGUGUGAUACAACAGCAGCAGGCCGAGAGAAGACAAUUUAUACGUCAUGAUGGUUUGGAGUCGUCGGUGUGAAUGAAUGAUCGAAUGAAUGAAUGAAUGAAUGAAUGAUCGAAUGAAUGAAUGAAUGAUCGAAUGACUGAAUGAAUGAAUAAAAAAUACGAUAUAAUAAGUGUGAAUUUGCACUUAUCGAAUGAACAACUGAGUGAAUAGUUUUUUUUAGGUUUUAAUAUUUAAUAAUGUCCUAGCAUGCAUUGUAUUAUUAGUUUGUAAAAGAAAUAUUUAAAAAUUCGAAAAAUCAAAAUAGCAGACGUCAAACUGUCUAUGACCCUCACGAUAUACUAAUAUUCAGUUGGGUGGGUCUUUUUUUUCAAUCGGUCGGCGAGGGCGGAUAUUUCCACACGUUCAGUUAAGAAGCUUUAGGUUAAGCUACCAACAGGGUGAUAAAUGAAUUUUCAAUAUGGAAAUAGUCCACUUCCACUGGAAAAUAAAAAACCCUCGUUACCGGCUUCUUGGAGAUUUCUUCGUGUACAGUUUGAGACAAACACAUUCUAAAGUGGUCUUGUUCCAAAACAAAUAAGAUAUCUGUAGUUAUAACUUCCAUUGUAUAUAACUAGUUUGGUGUGCGAAUUAUGUGUUUGUGUGUGUGUGUGCUUUAUUCAUUUUAUAUAAAUUUAGUUGCGUCGCUGAAUUCAACGGGUGACGUCAUAAACAAAUUACCAAAAACUAGUACAAGUAAUAAUAUUGUGUUCGAAUUAAAAUAUGUGACUUUCUACAAUUAUAUUACAUAGAAGACCCUUAACACGUGCAUUACAAAAAGGCAUUUCUAUAGUGAAACUUGCUGUAGCUUACUGAGAGGACGACGUUCCCGUGUAACCAUUUCAAGGGUGUGGGGGUGUGAGGCGGGGUGUAAUUAAAGAAGGAAAAUAAAUUAUGUUUUUUGUUGUACGAGCUAUCCUAUUUAGUAUGAAUACAAUGUUAUUUCAUGUAAUUUAAAAUGUCUUCCCCUCUCAGGAGCCACGCUGACUGGCUAGUCUGGAGGUCGCGGGUUCUUUCCCGGUGUUCAUCGGGUUUUUUCCGUCGUGCUUUACUCUUGUCAGUGGUGCAGGACGGAGGGCUUAACCGGGACACCUGUCUAGUUGUUAGGAUAGGACAAAAAACCGAGGUCCCGUUUAUACAUUGGUGUGCACGUAAAUGAUCCCUUGGCAGUUAGAAUUUGAUAUAGGAGUAGGCUGUAGCGCCGCUGUCCGGGAAAAAUUUCCCCUAUGCACACUGUAUGACAUAUGCCCAGUCGGUGCAGAACAGUAGAACGUUAUAAUAACCAUUUCAUUUCUUCCUUUCUCCCAUUUCUGAGUAGUGGGUCCUAUAUAUUUGGUCUUGGGAAGCAGACGACAAUCAAAGAGUUAACCACGGGCACUAUCAAACUUCUGCACGUCACUGAGUGAAAGUGAGAGCGAUAGAAAUAAUGUAAAACUAUGGCUAAAUGUGUGUAUAUUUUCAUACCAUGUGUGUAGAUUGUGUAUUAUAAAGUAUUUAUAAACCAUGCAAUAAAAUAUUAACUAAUA